AUGGAUGUAGAUGUGAAGGAUGAUAUGAAAGAUACAAUGGAUGAUGUUCCUAAUCAAGAAGUUGAUUUAUGCAAUGUUUUUGUAAUUCCUGGUGUUCAAGAUGAUGCGGCAUCAACAUCAGUAUCACAGAUAGAAUCUGUUCAGCUUACAGAAGGGCAAAUUAUUUGCACUUCGAAGAGGGAAGAUCCAGACAUACCAUGUAAUGAUGAUAUCUUUUUACUGUUUCACCCUUCUACUCCUUUUCCUCCUUGUAUUGGACAAGUUGCUACAACAGAUUCCAUGUGUCCAUUAUCUCCUUCAUCUCAUGAGAAAGAUGAAUACGGGGAUAAUCACAGUAAGAAAAGGGAAAGAUCUUACUCCACCAUCCAAAUAAUCAUAGGUAACGCCCGACAAAGGACCAGAUCAAAGCACUUCAAAAGGAAGAUGAGAACCCAAAGGUACUCCACUGAGAUAAAACUGGAAUGGGGCAAGGGUUUGGCUCAAAAACGGGAAGCAGAGGCAAGGCUGCAGGAAUUGGAACUUGAGAAGGCUAAACCAUUUGCGAGAGCAAGAGAUGAUCCGGAUCUUGAUAAUAUGCUUAAGGACAGAGUUAGAUGGGGUGACCCCAUGGCACAUCUAGUGAAGAAGAAGCAAUCAGAAGUGAUUCUUCCAGAUAUAGGAGACAACGAGAGGAUGAGAGAAUCAGGGUUUAUAUGGACAGGAGUCAUGUGCAACAACAAAACAGGUCAUGUCAGAGAGCAUGAUAUGAGCUUAUGUGGCCUUGAUGGCAGGAAGUCAUUGUUACGUGCAACUUUGCGGUGCCGACAAUUCAACUGA